AGUUAUCUGAUAAAUCUACUUUGUGGCUGAGAAUUAAGGACAAGGCUUCUUUUAUUUUCUCACAGGAAGGCUGGCUUCUGCAAAACUAUGGCUUCUUCUAUCAAUCUUCCAACCCUCCAAGGUCCUCUGCUUAAAUCCCACUUUCUUGGCCAAAACCAUAUCUCCCAACGUGGUCAUAAACCAUUUCUGAACACUCCAAAACAGCCAUCGACUUUUUACCUAAAACCUUGCGCUAAAUUCAACCUAUUCGAAAUCAUGGGAGGCAGGGGACUCUUGAAUGGAGAGAAAGGAAUAGAACAAGAGCUGAAGAGGAACACCUCAGAACAAGCAUCAUCACAACCUGGUGCUGAAGAAGAAGAAUAUUCAGCUGGUACUGCAGGAGAAGCAGUUCCCAGUGUUCCAGAAAAUGCAUUUGACAAGGAGAUGAUGGGUCUUACUGGAGGAUUUCCAGGUGGGGAAAAGGGGUUGAUGCAAUUUAUUGAGAAGAACCCACCUCCCAAAAAACCAAUGGUUGCAGAUUCAGGCAAUAUAGUAGGGCUUACUACCACAAAGAAGCCAAAGCCACCUGAAUUGCCACUGCUAAUGCCUGGCAUGUUUGCCAUAGUGAAGAAUCCAAAUAGCCCAUUCUACAUGUACUGCGGCAUUGUUCAGAGAAUCACUGAUGGAAAGGUAGGGGUUCUUUUUGAGGGAGGAAAUUGGGAUCGCUUGAUAACUUUCAGGCUCGAUGAGCUCGAACGAAGAGAAAAGGGCCCUCCAGGAAAAAAUCCGAAGUCUGCUAUCCUUGAAGUAAUGCUCGAAAACAAAGAUUCACAAUGAUCUAAUCAUUUCUGUGCCACAUAUGAGUAAGUUUAGAUGCUUUUUUUUUUUUUUUUUCUGUGUGUGUGUACUCUGACACUUGUAAACAAUCCUCCAACAUUACGAAACAAUAAAUAAGAGAUAAAUGAGCUAAAAA